CGUGCUCAUCGCGGAGGUCGUGGGUCUGCGUGUGUGCGAGUCGGGGUCUGCGAAGGGCACCUGAACGCGCUAGGUCGCGUGCGCACAGCUCCUGCGGCGUGUGUGGAUGCGUGACCAGGGCUGGAGCGCCCGGACCCGUGGCACCCCAGCCCGGGCAUGGAAGAGUAUGCUGAAGGAGAGGGUCAUGGACUUGGUCACCCAGACGACCAUCCUGCCCCUGCUCUUUGGCUGCCUGGGGAUUUUCAGCCUCUUCCGGGUGCUACAGCGGAUCCGCUCCAAGGCUUACCUGAGGAAUGCUGUGGUGGUGGUUACAGGUGCCACCUCAGGGCUCGGCAGAGAAUGUGCCAGAGUCUUCCAUGCUGCGGGGGCUAAGCUGGUGCUCUGUGGUCGAAAUGUGGAAGCCCUUGAAGAGCUCACCAGGGAACUUGCUGGUUCCUCUACCUCCCAGGGACAGACACACAAACCUUACACGGUGACCUUCGACCUCGCGGAUCCUGGUGCUGUUGCUGCAGGAGCAGCUGAGAUCCUGCAGUGCUUUGGCUAUGUGGACAUCCUCAUCAAUAACGCUGGGGUCAGCUACCGUGGUGCCAUUAGUGAUACCAUAGUGGACGUGGACAGGAGGGUAAUGGAGAUCAACUAUUUUGGCCCCGUUGCUCUAACGAAAGCGCUCCUACCCUCCAUGGUCAAGAGGAAGCGAGGCCACAUCGUCGCCAUCAGCAGCAUCCAGGGCAAGAUCAGCAUUCCUUUUCGAUCAGCAUAUUCGGCCUCCAAGCAUGCAACCCAGGCAUUCUUUGACUGUCUGCGUGCUGAGAUGGAGCAGGAUGACAUUGAAGUGACUGUGAUAAGCCCUGGCUACAUCUAUACCAACCUCUCUGUAAAUGCCGUCACUGCCGAUGGCUCCAGAUACGGAGCUCUAGACAAGAACACAGCCCAGGGCAGAAGCCCUGCAGAGGUGGCCCAGGAUGUCCUUGCUGCUGUAGGGAAGAAGAAAAAGGAUGUGAUCUUGACCGACUUACUGCCAUUCAUGGCUGUCUAUCUCAGAACUCUGGCUCCUGGGAUUUUCUUCAGAAUCAUGGCCUCUAGGGCCAGAAAAGAACGAAAAUUCAAGAACUCCUGAUAUCGGUCAGUGCUGCUAGCCUGGAUCGACCUGGUCAGACUGAGUACCACACCUUUUGGGACUGGGAUUGCUCUGCAAGGGAUCCAUGGCUGAGGGCUAUCCUGCAGUGUAAGGUGGACAGAGCGCUUCUGUUUCCCUGGGGUGGGUUAGCCCUUAAGAAGUAAAAUAUGGAGUUGGGCUGGGACUCUAAAGAUGUAAAAUAAAUGACUGAACAGUGAUCAGAGUUCUCAGCAGAACCACAUCCUCUGAGUCCUAGACCUGCCAGAUUCUGGAAGUGGAGGUUUGGGAACUAGGUGUCCUGGUAGCACCAGCCCCGAGUCUUUUGUUGAGACAGGGUUUCUCUGUGUAGUCCUGGCUGGCCUGGAACUCAGAGGUCAGCCUGGCUCUGCCUCCAGAGUGCUGGGAUUAAAGGCGUGCACCACCACCAGCCAGCCACCUCUAACUUAUUAAAAAGGCAUGAUGGGUUCACUGAGCAGGUCAACUUCAUUUUCCAAGUUUAGAAAGAUAUUUUUCCUGUUACAGAAACUGACAGCUGAAACCAUAGGAGGUCCAUUGGAAAUUUCCCCAAAUCAAAGUAAAUCUCCCAUAUAAAGCUGUCCUCUUCAUUUAGCUCUGGGCCUGCUGAACUGCCUUUUAAAAUUAUUUAACAGAUCUAUGUUGUGUGUUGAGCACACCCCCCUUCUCCCUGACUGCUCUUUUCUCACCCCCAUUCUCACCCAUCAGCCUCCUUCCAUUCCCAUCCCCUUUGCUUCUAUUUUAAUAUAUAUCAUUUGAAGUGACUAUGAAAUUUAGGAACCACAAACAAGAGAAAACAUGCUAUAUGAUCCUUGUC